GGGAGAGCGCCUGGCGGGGAUCGGCGCCUGAUCGACGCGGGAAGGCGCAGCCGCCGCCGCCGCCGCCGCCGCCGCCGCCGCCGCCGCCGCCGCUGGCCAAGGUGCUGGAGACGACAGGCCGGUCGGCCGCCUCGCCCGCUCAGGCACCGUUGCAGCCGCCGCUGCUUCGCUCCCAGCCCGGUCCUCAUGGAAGAGAUGGAAGAAGAGUUAAAAUGCCCCGUGUGCGGCUCCUUCUAUCGGGAGCCCAUCAUCUUGCCCUGCUCUCACAAUUUAUGUCAAGCGUGCGCCCGCAACAUCCUGGUGCAGACCCCGGAGUCUGAAUCCCCCCAGAGCCGCAGGGCCUCGGGCUCCGGGGUCUCCGACUAUGACUAUCUGGACCUGGACAAGAUGAGCCUGUACAGCGAGGCGGACAGCGGCUAUGGCUCCUACGGGGGUUUCGCCAGUGCCCCCACUACUCCGUGCCAGAAGUCCCCCAAUGGCGUCCGCGUGUUCCCCCCGGCUAUGCCGCCACCGGCCACCCACCUGUCACCGGCCUUGGCCCCGGUGCCCCGCAACUCCUGUAUCACCUGCCCCCAGUGCCACCGCAGCCUCAUACUGGAUGACCGGGGGCUCCGCGGCUUCCCCAAGAACCGCGUCCUGGAAGGGGUAAUUGACCGCUACCAGCAGAGCAAAGCCGCAGCCCUCAAGUGCCAGCUCUGCGAGAAGGCGCCCAAGGAGGCCACUGUCAUGUGCGAACAGUGCGAUGUCUUCUACUGUGAUCCGUGCCGCCUGCGCUGCCACCCUCCCCGAGGGCCCCUAGCCAAACACCGUCUGGUGCCCCCGGCCCAGGGCCGCGUGAGCCGGCGGCUGAGCCCGCGCAAGGUCUCCACCUGCACAGACCACGAGCUGGAGAAUCACAGCAUGUACUGCGUGCAGUGCAAGAUGCCCGUGUGUUACCAGUGCUUGGAGGAGGGCAAACAUUCCAGCCACGAAGUCAAAGCUCUGGGGGCCAUGUGGAAACUGCACAAGAGCCAGCUCUCUCAGGCGCUGAAUGGACUGUCAGACAGGGCCAAAGAAGCCAAGGAGUUUCUGGUGCAGCUCCGCAACAUGGUCCAGCAGAUCCAGGAGAACAGUGUGGAGUUUGAGGCUUGCCUGGUGGCCCAAUGUGAUGCCCUCAUCGAUGCCCUUAACAGAAGGAAAGCCCAGCUGCUUGCACGUGUUAACAAGGAGCAUGAGCACAAGCUGAAGGUGGUGCGAGAUCAGAUCUCUCACUGCACAGUGAAGUUGCGCCAGACCACAGGUCUCAUGGAGUACUGCCUGGAGGUCAUUAAGGAAAAUGAUCCUAGUGGCUUUUUGCAGAUUUCUGACGCCCUCAUAAGGAGAGUGCACCUGACUGAGGAUCAGUGGGGGAAAGGCACGCUCACUCCCAGGAUGACCACGGACUUUGACCUGAGUCUGGACAACAGCCCUCUGCUACAAUCCAUUCACCAGCUCGACUUUGUGCAGAUGAAAGCUUCCUCUCCAGUCCCAGCAACCCCCAUUCUGCAGCUGGAGGAGUGUUGUACCCACAACAACAGUGCCACGCUGUCCUGGAAACAGCCACCUCUGUCCACGGUGCCUGCCGAAGGCUACAUUCUGGAGCUGGAUGAUGGCAAUGGUGGUCAGUUUCGGGAAGUGUAUGUCGGAAAGGAGACGAUGUGCACCGUGGACGGUCUUCACUUCAACAGCACGUACAAUGCCCGCAUCAAGGCCUUCAAUAAAACAGGAGUCAGCCAGUACAGCAAGACCCUGGUCCUCCAAACGUCUGAGGACACAGAUUCAGAAGAACAGACACUCCCUUUUCCAGUGCCUUCGGAAAGAUUGCCGCUCCGUAGAAUGAGUCCUUUCUCCUCCACCCUUAAUCUACAACCCAGCUUCCCCGGGAGAUCCUACUUUGAUUUCCGAUCCUCACCCCACCAGCUGAGCUUGCAUUCCUCUUUGCAGUCUCUCAAUGCACCGGGAUGCAGUUUUGAGCCGCAGUCCGCACCUUACACUCAGUUAGUUGACAUUAAAAAGCUGUUAGCAGUGGCCUGGUUUGCUUUCGACCCUGGCUCGGCACACUCUGACAUCAUCUUCUCCAAUGACAACCUGACUGUGACCUGCAGCAGCUAUGAUGACCGGGUGGUGCUGGGGAAGACCGGCUUCUCCAAGGGCGUCCACUACUGGGAGCUAACUGUGGAUCGCUACGACAACCACCCUGACCCUGCCUUCGGUGUGGCUCGCAUCGACGUGAUGAAGGAUGUGAUGUUAGGGAAGGACGACAAAGCUUGGGCAAUGUAUGUGGACAAUAACCGGAGCUGGUUCAUGCACAACAACUCGCACACCAACAGAACAGAGGGAGGGAUCGCCAAGGGGGCCACAAUCGGGGUCCUCCUCGACUUAAAUAGGAAAACCUUGACAUUUUUUAUCAACGACGAACAGCAGGGUCCCAUAGCCUUCGAGAACGUGGAGGGCCUGUUCUUCCCGGCGGUCAGCCUGAACAGGAACGUGCAGGUAAGCACCGUGCCCCCGCGUGUUCCGGCCGCGCCCGCCCACUCCACUCCAAAGGCGGCCCGCGGGUGGUACAUUAAUCCCUGAGAGAGGGAAGCCGACCCGGUAAGGCCCAGACCAAGACACGGAGGAAAGGAGAGGGCAAAGGGAUCCCCGAUGACAACCGAGAUGAUUCCAGAUCAGCAUCAGCCCCUUCGCUAAGCUCGGACAGUCUAAUUAACAGCAAGUGGGAAGUUGGACCUCAAUUCACGGUUUGCUAUCGAUCCGCCCUGAGGCCGAGUUUCAUCCCUAGUAGGAAGGAAACUCCUGAACCAGCUGGCUCGAAAACAGAUGAAAAUGACUUAUGCAAAGCUCCAUGAGCGAGCGCUCGAGAGGUGAAGGCAUGAGACUGACGUGUUAGCAUCAUUAUCAGAAAAUCCUGAGCAUCUUCUCCGCACUCUUCCUCCGUUCUCUUAGGUGCCGCGGGGAUAGAAAGCAGCCCCCGCCUGCGGGCCACUUACUUACGAUUUCCUACAAAUGACAAACGAACAGGUUCUUCUCAUGCAUUCAUUCAACAAGUAACUGCUGGGUGCCUUUCAUACGUAAGGCACGGUUAUUAUAAUUAUUAUACGUAUUGUUGUUAAUCAGUGAAAACAAAACAUAAAAAUCGUGCCCUUGUUACAGAUAGAAUCAAUAAUAAGCACAAUGGUGGUGUUAAUGACAUAAUUAGAAGACAAUAUGUGCAAAGGAGACAAGGCCAAGGGCAGGGCGAGGAGGGUUGAGAAUGCUGGGGUGGGGAAGGCAGCUGCAGGCUCAGUGGGGCUGCUCAGGGUGGGUGGCCUUACUCCAGUCACAGGUGAGCUGUGUGGAGCGUUCCAGGCAGGGGAGACAACCAGCACAAAGUUUCUAAGGCAUAAGGAGCCUCCUGGGAGCAAAAAGGGGCCAAGAGGCCAGGAUGGGGGUACAGAUCAGAGUCGUGGGGUGCCUGGCAGGCACUGCUAAGCCAAGCUUCCCCUGCCCUUCUCAGCCAGAGCUCUCAUUAUCAGCUGUUCACCUCAUCCGGCAGACAGCUAGGCCAUGGGAAUCAAAAGCCUGCAGGUGAUUUUUGCUCUGUUCAGAACCACAGUCUUGGGAGCUAUCAAAACAAAACAAAACAAAAAUGUUGUUUAUCAGUGUGUGCAGUAAAAGUGAUUGCAACCCAGUGACCUCUGCCCUUCUCUCUUCCUGCAACUAGAUGGGGUUUUCUGGGAGGCUGAAAUCUAAUCUCUCAGAGUUCAGCCUCUACAUUGGAAGAAAGGAAACCAUAAAUUGCCCUAGACGUGAGUCUUAGAAAAACCUCCUUCAAAGUCUUCCACAUUUUUCAGCUGGUUCCCCUUCCAAAGAAUCUUGUACUCGGUGCUCUUCAAUGUUUUCCAGGAUGUCCUGAGUAUCUUUAGAGAAAGAUCCUUGGGCUGGGGAGACAGGGACAAGAAGGGGAAGAAUGACAGUAACGAUAGUCCCGCAGGAGACAGUUCCAGCCUCGUCCUCACAGCUGUCCACCGAGGAGGUGCCAGGCCACAUAGGAGCAAGGGGAACAGUACAAGUACCCAUGUUUCUUAAGCCUGGCAACCACCUAUUCUUCCCCCCAACGGAAGGCUCAUCCUAAUUGGAGUAACUAGUGGACAAGUGAUGAGAGAAGGGUUAUCCGCUCACCGGUUCUCUACCCAUGGAUUUGGCAGUGUCACUGCGCCCGGGCCAACAGGCUUUGCUACCUGCAGAUCACUGCCCGUGUCUUCAGUCACAAGGAACGCAGCCUUCCCAGGACCCUUAAAAGAGGCAGGUGGAUGAGAACCAUAUUAACAAGUGUCUCCAGGAUUUGGGAACCCACCACCGGUGGCCAGGCUCUUAGCACAGGCUGAAUUCUACUGGAAUUCUCUUUAACGUCUACUAGAAUAGACGUUAAAGAACAUGAACAGGCCCCCUGUUGAAUUAGGGACACAUCCACUGUGGCCUGGGGAGGGGCGUGCAGGGAGGGUUCCCGCGUGCCUCCAGGACUCACAGUCUCGUCCCCCAGGUCACGCUUCACACUGGGCUCCCGGUCCCUGACUUCUACUCCAGCAGAGCGUCAAUAGCCUAAGGAUGGGCUGUGGAGGCGCCAGCUGCCCGUUCUUACCUCCGCCCGAGAGCGACGCAGGAGCUCAGCCAGCAUUCGGUGGGAUGCGGGGUGCCGGAGAGCUGGAAGCAGAGGGCGAGGAGGAGAGGAAAGCUGGUCCCACGUCUUCAUGCCCCUCAGCUCUGCUCUGCCCCUUCCUUUCCAACCUCUCUCCUGCUCUGAUGCCUGCGUUCACUUCCGAGUCCGGCAACUCUCACCAAGAAAGGACCCAGACGGCCCACCGUGGCACUUGGUUUCCACUCCCAGAUUUUGCUUUUAUUUUACAUAGUUUUUUUUUUUUUUUUUUGUAGGUGAGUUAUAUUUUGUUUCUUUUCUGAUCACGUUAUUGGUGACUUACUGAACUGUUACUGCCAAGAAAAUAUUCUCCCGAUAACCUUUUUCUUAAGCUCUCUGACAAAGAGGUUGUAGAGAGAGGUGGGGAAGAAUCAGGUGAAUCUGGAGCUUGCAGUUUACCUCCUAGAAGUUUCUUGCUGUUACCUCUCGUGCAGUGCUAGCCCUGCAUAGCUAAUCUUUGAGAGGUGGGCAGAGUGAAUGCAGCAUUGAGAAGUUUUACUAUCCUGUGAAGCACAAAAAUAUCAGCCACAUGGCUACACAAAGGUUCACAGCAGGUAGGAUCAUUAGGAUAGCUGGGUCAUUGGGACAGGCCAACCCUGGUCAUUGAAUCAAACUAGAAAGUCUCUAGACAUAGGCAGACCAGGGGAUUUAUGAUUUGGUUCAUUUAUUUAUCUAAGUUUUUAACUGAGAACCUACUAAGGACCAGGCACUGUUCUAAACAUUGGAGACACAGUGGUGAACACAGGUGUGGUUACCGCCCUUCUGGAGCUUAUAUUCUCAUAGGAGAGCAAACCAAAAAUAAUACAAUUACAAAUUGUUAUAGGUACUAGAAAAGGAAAUAAACAUGGGGCAUAGAGGCUCAUUGGCAAGAUCUCUCAGAUCUCCAAGGAAGAUGCUGAAAAUCUACCCAUUCUGGCCAUGGCACCAGAAACAUACCAACUCAAUGCCUUUUCAGCUACACCAUUUUAAUUAUGGUACCUGCUGCCAUUCAUCACAGAGCCCUCCUUUGGCAGAAAUGAUGUCGGCAUUCUUAUUUGUUAAUGCUGCAAUGACACAAAGCCUUAACAAUAAAUGUGAAAAAAAAAGUAGCGACCAGAGAGAGAACCCAUUUUCAGUAAUGGGGGAUCUUAAUUUGCAGUCCACGGCAUCCCCAUUCUCAGGAUAAACACACUUGUCUCCAUGUAUAUCUGUGCCUGUUACAAAUGACAAACCCAUCCACUCUGCUGCCAUUCACAACCUAACUUUCUGGAGUAGUUCAAAUCAUGUUUGGAAGAAAAUGAAAUUGUAUGUCAUUGCUAUGACCAAUAGCAGAACAAUAAUUCUUAUUACUUCUCUAUAGAGAUAGACUUACGUAGGUACCUUCAGAUUCUUUAGUUUGACAUGAAGCUUUAGAAAAUGUAGAACAUGGAAAGAGGUUCUGAUAACAUUGUCUACAUAUCUGCCAGUGAGCCAAGAAAUUCCACGUGAACAAACAAGAAUAACAGAAAAAAAGAGAAGAGGUAGGUUGGGAAAGCUAACCAACUAAAGUUUUGGCAAGAAGUAAUAUAUGUAAAUAGCUAAUUAUUUCCUUUUGUGCUUUAUUUAGAUCAUUUCUAUCAGUUACAGUGUUUUUCUAGUUUAAGUGUACCUAAUUUAUUGAAUGGGUGCUAUCCUGUUUAUGUCCAUCUGCUUUCUUGGCUACAGAAAAACUCCGUUGCAGGACAACACUAGUUUGAUAUUUGAUUUACUCUCCGAUGAGACUCGAUGGCUGGGCCGCUGUAGACUCAUAGCUACUCUUGUUCUUUAUUAAAUUCAUCCUGCUAAGUAGAUUUCUAGUGACUUGUAACACAUAGUUUACACAGAAUUGCCAUUGUAGAUGCAUACAGCUACUGUACUAGAAAAAAUGGGUAUUUCCAGUGUGCCAAUAAAAGAUUUUUAUGAGAGAAUA